UUAGCUUUAUAAUGUAUCAAAACGCUUUAUCUUCAUCGCUAGGAAUCAAAACAUAAAGCAUCAUAGACAACAAAACGUAAAUUAGAAUUUCUCAAUUUUUCAUGAAUGUAAAUUAGUAUAUUUAAUGUAAUUCGCUAUGAAUUCAGACAAAAAGGAUGGAGGAAAGUUACCCGACGGUUGGGUAUUAUGUAAGUCAAAAUCAAUACCAGGAAGGAAGUAUUACUUUCAUAAGAAAACAGGCAGAUCUUCUUGGAGUCAACCACAGGCUGAAGAUGAACAUGAUAAAAGUAAGAAAAAGAGUAAAAAGCAGAAGGAAAAACAGGAAAAAAAUCAAAAAGAAGAAUCCUCUAGAAAAUACUUGAAGAGGAAAAGUGAUAGUAAUGCAGAGACCCCAAAGAAAAAACAGAAGCAAGCAACACCUGUGCACACACCUGAAAAACUCAACUCCAGCAUAAAAAAGACACCUGAAAAACCAGUUCCGAGCAGAUCAAGCAAUUCUUCUGGGAAGUCCUCAGCCAAUUCAAGACUUGCUAAAUUAAGGGCUCAACUAGCAUCAGAAGCUCUGCAUGAAAGUUUAGACACUACCCCUAAACCUAAAGCCCCAAGAAUAAGUCCUAAAGUAAUACCACAGACUGAAACACAUCCUAAAGUUCCAGAGUUAAAAAGUCCAGUUUGUGAAGCAAAAUGUCCAACUACAACUACUCAUUCACCUGGCAGUGAUAGUCUACAAUCCAUUCCAUCACCCUCACAGUUUCUAGCGGCUAACAAAAUAUUAUCAUCUAUGAAGGCUCAAUUACCUGAAGAGUAUAAUAAUAAGUCUGUACAAAAGGACACUUUUGCGGAUAUUGAACAGGGCAUCUGUAAUCAGACAGCAGAUUACCCAUUCAUGAAGCAUCCAGCAACGCCUCCACAGUUUUCUGAAGCUAGCAAGUUGAUGUCUGCUAUUAAGUCAAAACUAAGUUACAAAAUGAAAGAUGAGCCUGUGGUGCAUGUGAAGACAUUUUCUAACGCAAAGGAACGAAUGGAGACACUUAGAAAAGAUUUAAGUAAUGAAGCUAUAAAUGAAAUGGAAGAUUGUUUGGAUGAUAUUAUAUUCCCUGAAGAAGCCAUGGAGGUUGAUUGUAAAGAGAUCAAGAGUCCACCUCCCACACCAGUUGUCCAAUAUGAGCCUCCCCCAAAAGGACCAAAUCACAGAACAGGGAAUGAGACAGAAGAUGUUGUGCUAGUUGUAGACACAAAUAUUUUUAUUCAUGAAUUAGAUGUUAUUAAGAAUGUUCUCAAUUCACACAUAAAAGGUUACAAAGAGCAGCCAACACUCCUAGUUCCCUGGCGAGUGAUCAAUGAGCUGGACAGACUGAAAGACAACAACAAUGGCAACGGUGCCAUUUGCAAACGCGCAAGAGCCGCUAUGGACUACCUUUACAAAUCACUGCCAGAAAAUAAUAGGAUAAAAGGACAGUCUCUUAGAGACGCGAAUUCACAUAUACAUCCAUGUGAGCUUCCAGAUGAUGAAAUACUAAAUUGUGCGUUACAACAAGCAGGGAGGAGUAAAUCUGUGAUCCUACUAUCAAAUGAUAAGAACCUAUGCAACAAGGCGGUUGUGAACGGACUGCGUUGUAUAGGUCUGAGCGAACUCAAGCCCCUACUGGAGAGCAAGCCGCAGGUGGCGCCUGACCCCGACCGAGCGCACACCGUGCUGCGCCAUCGCGACACUAUGCACCAGCUGUUGGCCAACAUACUGGAGAAUGAAAUGCGAGCGAAAUACAAUAACUUAUGGAAGCAUGUGCUCUUCAAACCGCCGCCUUGGACGCUAGCAGAUGUGCUGCAGUGUUUGCUCAAGCACUGGGUGGCGGUCUUCAACGAGGUCUUCCCAAGAAUAGAACAUUUAAUUACUGAUUUGAAGAAUUCUCUUGCUUCUAUUGAGAGCAAAGACCCGAAGUCUCUGUCACAAUCGGAAGUAACGAAUUUUAAAGAGCUCUGCCUGGACAUAGCUCGUAAAUGCCUAAUAAUCCCCGAAUAUAUGGAGCUAGCUAAGAUGACCGUGGAACGACUGGAGAAGCGAGAUCCCCGGCCAGAGUUGCCCGUAAUAGAGGCAUUUGAGGGGAUCUGGACUGUGUUCUCUAGCUACUGUGCAAAGCUGGCGACGGGCUUGGGAGUGACGCAUAGCAUAGAGGACAAGUUGCCGACGGAUGACCCUAUCGACGUCAUCACCAGCAAGCUGCCCAUGUUCAGCAACCAGGUCAACUAUCUUACCAUGGCUAUCAAAGGCGCAUUAAGUAUAGACCCUUCAGACCCGAGUUUGGACGAGCAGGUGUCGCGGCUGGAGAUGGUGUUCAAAGACUCCGUGAACCUCAUCAGCCGCGACAGCCGCCAGAUCCACACGCAUAGCCUCAGGAUAUUCUGCAUCAAGUGCAGGAAUAUGCUGGAAGAGGCUCACACCAAGUUCGCGCAGCUGAAGGAGCUCCUCGACCUGUGCAAGGAGCGCGUCGCGUGCAAGUAGAACGUAAUGUCGUGGUCAGUUUCUCGAAUAUUCCGUCUAGCAUGUUAGGUCAACGUCGUGGCGGGCAGUUGGGAUGUUACAGAGCCAGGCACAUGGUAAAGGUGCGUCCAGAUCUGACGGGUGUGACUUUAGCACUUCUCAUACAGUGCACGCGAGUACCAUGACUCAGUGAUAAAUAUGCAAUCUUAUUUUAAAGAAAGGAACGGUUAUGUUUGUAUAUUCAACAAUAUAUUAUUUCCGUAAAAUCUUUGAAUUAGGAACGAAGUGUCCAUUACUAGCAAGGAACUAGAAUAACGAUAGAUGUCUUGAGUAGAGCUCAAAAAUGAGUCCACAUAUAUUGUAGCGCGAUAGACUCAGCUGUAGAGUGCGCCUGUACAGUGCGCAGUUUGACAGCGUCAAAUAUAGAAUGGUAUUUUAGCCUAACAAAACUUUUAGUGACCAUUUGAUCAAUCACAACUUUUCUUAAUAGCGGGAAAUUGUGUAUAGUUCGUGUCAUCCACCAUGACGUGUAGAUUUGUCAAAUGUAACCUUUAGUAACAUGAUAAUACGAGUCCAGACACGAUCUACAUUGGGUAAUAUUCAAGGCUGUGGGCGGGGGUAUAUAAGGGAAGGGAUAACAGUGAUAUGUGUCAAACAAGUGUCAGUCAUAUGGACUGAUUUACGAAGUCAACCAUAUACUGAGAGCUUCCUCGAAAUAUAUUCCGUCGCUCGUUACUAGUAGGCACCAGACAAAAGGUGGUUGACAGGCGUCAAGCGCCUUUGCAAGAUCUGGACACACCUCAAAAAGAAAUGCUUUAUACCGUCAGAUAACACCUGUUCUACUAUGGCGAUGGCACAAAAUAUUUCAACUUCAAAUUGCCCGCUUCGACAGCACUUAUUUUUACGGCCGCAUUUAGUUUAUGUGUAAUUAUACAAGUUGUAUACAACCUUUUUUAUGCGACUAAUCUAUACUGUUAUCUUAGUACAUAAUUGAUUUAUUCAUAGAUAAUCAUCGGUGUCUGUACUAGGGUUACGUUACACUUGAUUCAUAUAUAAUUAUUCGGAUAUUAUCAAGCUUGGUUUUCAUUCUCAGUAUGUGUAGUAGUUCUGAAAUAUACAAUAGUUGAUAAUCAUUAAAUGUCUAAUUAAAGUUGUAAUAAUUAGAGAAAUAAGUUAAUGGCAAAAAUGUUAGUAACUUUGACCGCGACUGUACUUAAGUCUAGUCCGCAAUUUGUAUAAAAUUGUACCAAUUUAGGGAGUAUAAACAAAAUAUUGAAGAUUUCUUUCAUAAGUUUUAGUACUAAUAAGUUAGCCCGGAAUAACAUUUCCAAAUUUUAGUUGUGUGAGAAGCGAAGAUUAAUUGAUUGUAUAUGAUAUGUAAAAUCUAAGAAAAAUCAAUUUUGACAACUGAAGAAGGCGCCGUGUCAUAUGUUUUGUGGGAAUUGAAUUGUCAAACAUCAACUUUUGACAAUCAGAGUUACCGCAAAAUGUAUGGAGCUGUACAGCGUCAUCUCGUUUACCUGCCAAAGUCGAAGCACGAAAUUGUCUUAGAUUUUACGAAUCUUAAUCAAUGUAUCUUUGCCCCAACCUAAGUAACCAAGUUACUAUUGGUUGUAUUGAAAAGGGGAUAUUUAUAUUAGGGAACCGACCAUUUACUUUACCUGUAUUUGAAGCACCAAUUUGUUUUAGAUUUUACAGGUCUAGUACAGUGACAAAAUCUUUGAUGAAACAGACAAAACUAUUUCGAUAAAUUAGAUAGCUUCAUUAAUUUCUUAUUCUUAAAUAUGCGUCCCUUAAAGACAGACUACUUAGUCUUGUCACAAGUUCUGUCAAAAGGUUUUGACUGAUAAAAAAGCUAUAUGUACAGAUCCUUUAUUAUUCAUAUAUAUGGGUUGAAAGGUUAUUUAAUGCUGAACUUACAAUAUGAUGUAACGUAAUUUGCUCUCUCAGUUUUGCAUAAUUCUAUGUAUUAUUCGGAAAAAGGUUAUAAAAAAAACACGCAAAAAAUACGUGACCUGUGGUAGUUUUCAUCCCUAUUUAUUUAUUUUUCUUUUUUUACAUGGUUGAAUCUUACAUAAAAAAAGCUGGAUCUUUUUUUUUUCUUAAUUUAAUCUAUAUAUCAUUCACGUGUAUCGGACUGCCAAUAUUGCAAUCGUGCGUGCGUGCGUGUGUGUGUUUUGUCAAACCUACUCGUUGGAUGGCAAUCAAAAAUGUUCGUGUCACUGAAAAGUAACACCUCUGUAGUUGCAGGCGUUCAUAGGCUACGGUGACUGCUUACCAUCAGGCGUGCCGUAUGCUUGUUUGCCACCGACGUGGUAUAAAAAAAUACCCUAAGGGUAUUAGCCGAAGUACUGACUUGUCUGAGAACUAAAUGCUGGUGAUAAAAUAACGUUCUAAUAAAGUAGGUACAAACAAAUAAACAAUUCUACCUCUUUUAUUAAUGCGACACUAAUUUUUACUCCCUUUUGUAAAGUAUAAUUUUUCACAACCCAGCCGGGUAUUCGCGUCUAGCGACAAUCACUAGUAGUAAAUUAAGACACGAUCUAAUAUUUUAAACAAAUUAUAUUACGUUUUGAUCAGUGUACAACAAGCUUUCAAAUCAUAGCAAACGUUUCUUAUUAAAAGCUUUGUAUAACAUUUUAUUAUUCAGAACCAUUGUGAUAGAACUUAUGACCUAACUAAGUACAUCUGUAGCUAUUCGUCAAAUAAUUCGAACCCCGGCUAAAAUUUUCCGUUAAAACUUAUGAAAGAUGCUUCAAAAUGUCUUCUAAGACUGACUAAUCGUUAUAUUUUGACAUUUAUUUUUGGUUUUGCUAAUUCGAGCGUUACAUAUUAAAUGUAUUAAUGUCGAAUAGUGCAAUAAUAGUUAAGCCCAUCUCAGACGGAGCGAUAAUAUACCAAAAUAUAUCUUAUAGCAAUGCAUCUUAAGAUACCUUGCGAUAUAUAGCUCGGUAUAUUACGGUAUACAAGUAUUUCGUCUCUCACAAUGUAGAUAGAUAGCGAUUUAUAUUUUGGUAUCGUUGGCAUGUGUAAUGCUUAGCUGUACUAUAUCUAUCGGUAUCUGUCGGUAUCUUACGUUAUAUUAAUCGCUCUGUCUGUGACGGGCUUUAUUUACGAUACAAGUGCGGAAGGUCGGAAAUUCGCAAGUGUAUUGCACAACGUUUUACAGUACUCCUAUUAAUUCCUACUUUCCGCACUUGUAUAGUAAUAGUUGUUUACGAUACAAGUGCGGAAAGUAGGAAAUCCGCAACGAGUGGUGUUAAAUUAAAAUACGACCGAAGGGAGUGUUUUAAAUCGACACGAGUUGGGAAUUACCUAUUCGCACGUAUAUCGUACUACGUUUUACAGUAUAUUAAAUUUAUGGCCCUUUAAAUUUUAGACUUAGCCACGGAAAGUGCUUAUUCCCGCACUAGUGCGGGAAAGUAGGACCAGAUGUACUGUAAAUAACUAUUUCUCUAACUUGCAAUGAAAUGUUGACAUGACUUAUUCAAAUUAGGUCCGGAGAUACUAUAUAUGCGGUGCAAUGAGUUAAGAUGAUAUGUAAAGGAAUUUCAUACAGCCUUACACCUACGAAUAAAACUAAUUGACUACUUUUUUAUUCAUUGCAAGUUUGAGAAAAGCACUAUACAAAUUUCGGCGAGAAACGGGGUUGCCGUCUGCGUAUCCGGCCUUGCUAUAGCCGGUCUGUAUCUACUUGGCCUGCAACCCUUCGUUUCCCGGCCUCUAUAUAUAGUUAUGUACUAUUAUUAAAUAACAUUGCUUUACUGCACACCUUUGGGGUUUAAUAGUAUUUUAAUAGAUGAGGAGGAGCAAUAUGAACGGGCCCGUCCAGAGGUUUGAGACGUUGGUUCUUGUUUUUAAUAAAGCUUGUUCACACAAAUAUGGAUUGGUGUCAUUGCUACGCUUGAUGUCGAGUCAAGCAGGCAACUACGUAUUUUUUAUGAACAUUCAACAAUACAUACAAGUUUUUUUAGAACCAACCCUAAAAAAAUCCAUUGCUCCCAUCAGGUUUUGUCAGGUAAAGCGAAAUUUAGUUUUAAUAUAACCUAAAAUAUUUUAGGUACUAGAAAUUAUGUACCUAUAAAAUCUGGAAUUUUCGCUGCACUUUGAAAAGUUCGAAAUAGUCAAACGGAAUAAACAUUCAUCUACUUCUGACUGUGUGAAUGAUUAUUAGUAUCACCAAAGAGUCUUGAUUGUAAUAGACAAAUGAAGUAAAAAAACGUGCCCCUUGUUUGACAUCCAAAACAGAUGGUGCUGUAUAUGUUUUGCGGUCAUUGAAUUGUCAAACAUCAACUUUUGACAGUCAGAGUUACCGCAAAACGUAUGGAGCUGUACAUCGCCAUCUCGUUUACCUGUCAAAUUCGAAGCACGAAACUGUCUUAGAUUUUUUUUUAUUGUCUUGUCUUAGAUCAUACACAUUUUACUUAAUCAAUGUAUCUUUGGUAUUAUCAAAGAGUUGUUGAUUAGCAGAGGUGUUAAAUCCAGGAAAACACGUGCACCGAGUUUGACAUCCGAACUAAUUGGCGCUAUACGGCGCCAUAUGUUUUGUGGUAACUGAAUUGUCAAACGUCAAUGUUUGAUAAUGAGAAUUACCACAUAAUAUACGGUAGAGCUACACUUACUUCAGGCUUGGAGGAUUCAACAACUGAAGACGCCUUGUCUGUAAUUAUCUGGACAAAACAGCCUGCCGAUUUUUGCGGGAGAAGGGCACGUCAAAUAUAUGGCUAUUUGUACGUAAUGUACAAAUAGCCAUGUCAGAUAAACGUCAGUCCAUCCAUACAGUACAUAUGACCAUUGGCCGAUGUUUUCGACAGAGGGGUAAGCUCUUAAAGGCAACUCCGAUUGUUAAAUCCUCUCAAGAUUUCAGGUGUCUUGUCUUGCACCUCUUUAGCUUAAAUUAAGUAAUUUUCUCAUAGAAACCGGUAUUCUAAUUAACUCGAUUUUGGAGAUAAUUGAUGUUUUAUAUUUUUCUAAUAAGGCCUCUACGAACGCGUACACUUGCCAUAAGGUCUGUUUACAUAUUGUGUGUAUUAAUGUUUCAUAAUUUCCAAUUGUUUGGUGGAUUUAAAUAUGUCGUACAACAGUGCUAUAAAUUACUAUUUAAUUACUAGAUGACAAAAAAACUAUGCCAGUUAGUUUCCUUAAAUUAAAUGUACUUAGCCCGAAAUUAACGGAGUUUAAGAAACACGCGUAUAUAAUUCUAGGUAUUUUUUGUGAUUAUCAUGGUAUUCAUCACUAGACGUUGAUUCCCACUAUUUUGAAAGUUUUUCGAAUUUUUAAGCGAAUUUUCAGAUUCCAGAGAAAGUAUCAAAAUGUAUGUACGAUCAAUAUUUUGGCGAUUUUCGUUCUUUUUACAAAAUACGUUAUACUAUCUAAGUAUAGUGUAGUUCUACUGAAUUUCCCAUUAAAAUGUAUAUAACUAAAAUAUAUCAGUGUUACGGGUAAUUGUACAGUCUGCAUCAAAUAUAUCAAAGAGGUCAAAAUGUUCGUUUAUAUCUAAAAUACACCAUAUUGACCACUGUAAUAUGUCUUGUUGUAUUAUCGGUUUAAAAGUAAAUCAUAAAUUAAUUUAUUAUAGUACCUACGCAUUAUUCGGAGUAGACAUUUAAAGUAAUUUAGAUAAAUAAGAUUACUAUCUUUGUAUUUAAGAACUGUUUGAGAUAGAAUAUGUAAAUAUUUGUAAAUAAACUGUCUUUAGAUAUAAAUUUAAAUCUCAGACUGGACAGUGGAUGCCGUUAGAUUAAAUAUAACUGGUAGAAUCUGUACAAAUCCAAUUAAUAAAUAAUUUGUUAAAUA